GUCGUAAACUAUCGCUAACCUCUACACGUGGUUUGAAACAGUACGCCGUGAUUUUUAUCUUAUUAAGUGAAAUUGCGCCCCUUUUUUAGUUAAUUUACCAUGGGAAGACCUGGAUUUGGUGGUCGCGGUGGUUUUGGUGACCGCGGUGGUCGUGGUGGUUUUGGUGACCGCGGAGGUCGUGGAGGUGGGGGUCGCGGCGGUGGUGGCGGCAGAUCAAGUUUUGGUCGUGGUGGUUUUGGUGACCGCGGAGGACGAGGAGGUGGUCGUCCCAGUUUUGGAAGGGGUGGUGGCGGUGGACGAGGUGGUGGUAGAGGAGGUGGACGCGGGGGUGGUAGAGGAGGCUUCAAAGGAGGUAAAACGGUCGUUAUCGAACCCCAUAGGCAUGAAGGAGUUUUCAUUGCUAGAGGGAAAGAAGAUGCAUUAGUUACUUUAAAUCUUGUUCCUGGUUCUGAUGUUUAUGGUGAAAAAAGGAUUUCAGUUGAAAAUGAAGGUGAUAAAGUUGAAUACAGAGUGUGGAAUCCAUUUAGAAGUAAAUUAGCUGCAGCAAUAUUAGGUGGUGUUGAUAAAAUUCAUAUGAGCCCAGGAACUAGAGUUUUAUAUUUAGGGGCUGCUUCAGGAACAACAGUUUCUCAUGUUUCUGAUAUAGUUGGGCCUGAAGGUUUGGUGUUCGCAGUCGAAUUCUCUCAUAGAUCCGGACGAGAUUUAUUAAAUGUAGCUAAAAAACGCACCAACAUCAUUCCCAUCAUUGAAGAUGCCAGACAUCCACAUAAAUACCGGAUGUUGGUUGGAAUGGUGGAUACAGUAUUUGCUGACGUCGCCCAGCCAGAUCAAGCUAGGAUAGUGGCAUUAAAUUCACAUCAUUUUUUGAAGAAUGGAGGACAUUUCGUUAUAUCCAUUAAAGCAUCUUGUAUAGAUUCUACAGCGCAACCAGAGGCUGUGUUUGCAUCUGAAGUUGGAAAAUUAAAAGCGGAGAAAAUGAAACCUCAAGAGCAAAUCACAUUGGAACCAUAUGAAAGGGAUCAUGCAGUUGUUGUUGGGGUUUAUAAACCACCCACAAAAAAAGGGGAAUAAGUUGACUUUAGUGAUUAAUGUAUGUUUUAAGUUCAUAAAUAUAAUGGUUUCAUUUCGAUUGCAAUUUGUAAUGUAAGAGAAAUAUAAAAGGAUUUUUCAUAA